UCAUGUAUGUUUCAAAUCCCCAAGACACCCUAACAGAACUGUCACUAACCAUAACCCAGACAAAUUCCACCAAAAUCACGCCCAACCCUCUUCUCACCAUCAAAACAUUUGAAACCUCAAACCAUUCACAUCUUCUGUUCCAACCCCCUUCAACAAAGAAUAUUUCAAAAUGGCCUCCUCAGCCACCACCUUCACCGCAACCUACACCAACUCCACAAACCUGUCUCCCUCCUUCACACUCACCAAGGAUGUCCCCACCACGACUUCAACCAAUACAACCUCUUCAUCAUCAGAAAUGACCACCUCCGACCGCGCCAAGUACCUCCACGAACUCCGGCAAAUCGCCGCCACCUUCCAAGACGACAUCAACCGGGAGCUCACGCAGCGGAUGGAGGAGGACAACAAGCGGGCGGGUCAGAAUGGUGGUGGUGACCAGAGCAAGGGGAAGGAGGCAGAGGCCAAGGAGGAGGAGAACUAUGGCGAGGAGGUUGUUGACGAGGAUGAGUGAGUGAUUUGGAACAGGGAAAAGGGGAGAGCGCUAGGAAGAAGAGGGUAUAAGAGGGAAGAAGGAUCUUUAUGGUGUGGUGGUAGUCCUUGGAUUUGUUGCUCCAUCCAUGAUAUCUGGGGUUACACUUUAUCAGGCCCUUGUCUAUGUGAUGUGCUGUAUGCGGUUCAAC